GAUCUGACUGGGAAAGGGGUCACAGGWGCAGUGAAAGGUGCACUAUGGGCCGGCUGGAUGGGAAAGUGAUUGUGUUAUCCGCUGCCGCGCAGGGGAUUGGACGUGCUGCUGCUUUAGCUUUUGCGAAGGAAGGAGCUCAGGUCACAGCGACAGACAUAAAUGGAGAAAAGCUAAAGGAGCUGGAUGGCAUUAAAGGAAUCAGGACCAAAGUGGUGGACGUGACUAAAAAAGACCAAGUGGAAGCUCUGGCCAAAGAACAUGACCGUGUUGAUGUGCUGUUCAACGUUGCAGGGUUUGUGCACCACGGCACCAUCUUGGACUGUGAAGAGGCUGACUGGGACUUCACMAUGAGUGUCAAUGUGCGCAGCAUGUACCUCAUGUGCAAGGCUUUCCUGCCUAAGAUGCUGGCAAAGAAGUCAGGAAACAUAAUUAASAUGGCAUCUGUGGCUUCAAGCAUAAAAGGUGUGGUAAACCGGUGUGUCUACAGUACCUCUAAGGCAGCUGUGAUUGGGCUCACCAAAUCUAUAGCUGCAGAUUUCAUUGAGCAAGGCAUUCGCUGCAAUUGUGUUUGUCCUGGGACUGUCGAUACGCCAUCACUGAGGGGAAGGAUUCAGGCACAACCUGAUCCAGAACAAGCUUUCAAGGAUUUUAUGGCAAGACAGAAAACUGGCAGAAUGUGCACAGCUGAGGAGGUGGCUUACCUCUGUGUGUACCUGGCCUCAGAUGAGUCAGCCUAUGUGACUGGAACCGAGCAGAUAAUUGACGGAGGCUGGAGUCUGUGAAGAAUUUGUGGCAUUAUCCUUAUAAUACUCAAGAACAAAAAGAACAGACCAUAUUCAAAAUGAAGUCUAGAUAAUCUGCARUUUAGAUUUUGCACAUUAUGUUAGCAGAUUUGUAGUUAAUGAGCAUUAUUUCCACAUUAGAUGUUCUUUACCAUGUCGCAAGAUAACAAAUGUCAUUAGAUCUUGUGUUCUAAUUUAUUGCUAUUGCCAAAAUAAAUAUUCAAUUCUUCACAA